CCGGGCCAGAAGAAGAAGAAGCGGGACGGAAGUUACAUCUAUGUGGUGUUCGUGACGGUUCUUGUUGGUUCCGUUGCUGUGGUCGUCUGAGCGGCUCCAGGCUAAACCGGGAGGACUCGUGUUACCGUGAAUGUUGACGGUGUGUGUGUCUGUGGACGGAGCGUAGUGACGGAAGCAACUUUGCUGAGCAACAUGGAAGCGACAGGAGCACCAGGAGACAACCUGAGUCAGCAGUGCAGCAACUGCGACGCCACCUCGGCCGCAUGUUGGUGUCUCGACUGUAAUGAAGCUCUGUGCGGCGUCUGCGUGUCGGCGCAUCGCAGAGUCACGGUGACCAGAUCACACAGGCUCCUCCAUCACCCGCCAGAAGGAAACAUCUUGUCUUCUCCCACCAAGUUCUGCAGACUCCACCCAUCUGAGCCACUCAAACUCAUCUGCUUCACCUGUAAGCAGCUCACCUGCAGAGACUGUCAGCUGACGACUCACAUGAACCACAGGUACCGCUUUGUCAGUGAGGCGGUGGUCAGCCUGAAGAAGCAGCUGGACGUGUACGUUCAUUCCAUGAAGAGGCAGGAGGACACGGUGAGGCGGAGUCUGCAGGACAUGGAGACCAGGCUGCAGAGCAUCGAGCAAACCGAGUCUCGUCUGAGGACCGAGCUGCAGGCGGGAUUCGUCGCUUUUGCUAAACUUCUGAAAGCGAAAAUGAUGUCGCUCCUUAAAGACAUACAGAAGGUGUAUGAGCUGGAAUGUGAGCAGAUCCAGGGGAGGAUGGUGAAGCUGAAGCAGCUGCAGCAGAGCCAAAAAUCCAUGAAGGAAACGCUCGAAAAGGCCAGAAAUCUGACCGACCUGCCGUCCCUGCUCUCACACACCGCACAGAUUAAAACCCAGAUGAAGGACCUUCUAGAUCAGGACUCAGACCCCCCUCUGAAAAUGCCUGAAGUGAAGCUCAUUACCAAGUUGGGUUACGAGGAAAUCCUCUCUGAGCUUUGUAACCUUCAUGUUUCAUGGAUCCCCUUCGCUGUGCCACCAACCUUGGAUAAAAACACAGCAACUCCGGCCCCUCCUGCUGCCCCUCCUCCCACCUCCACCUGCAACCCCAUCUCCAGCACUGUGAUGGACAGCGCCUCUGCUUCUCAUUCGCUUAAUUUGUCCUUUACAUCCUCAUCUGGCCCCAAACCUAGAAGAGACUCCACUUCUUCCGACUCCCCCUCCACCCGCCUGGUACCCCCCGGCCCCCAAACUGAGACGGCCGGUUCCAAUGCUACACCUGUUCCUAAUGACUGUGCUGCUACACCCUCUUCAUCCUCACAGUCAAGUUCAUCUUCGGCCUUUUGCAAAUUUUCGCCCAACCUAACCCUUUAUAAUCUCCUCACUCACCAUCAGGUUGGCACACAGGAUUCGGUAAAUCCUCGAUCUCCGCCCUCGAGUUCCCCAUCGGGUCAGUUGAGUCAUGCUCUCCCUCCAACCACCACCUCUCUUGCAACCUCCAACAUGCCCCUCCCCCCGCACUGUAAUGCCCCAGGCGCUCCAGCUAGCCGUGCCUCUCCUUUGUGCACGCUCUUAUCCAGCUCCUCCACUUCCAUUACUCCUCCUGCUCACACCUCCACCUUUCCAAUGCCCACUGACCCCACCCCUCAAACUGGCAAAGCUAUGAACUGUAACCCACCAGUUACCAUCAGUGUUCUCCCUCCACCAUCAACGUCUGUGUCUGCUCAGUCGAGCGUUCCUUCAUCCUCCACAACCACCAUGUUUCCCUCCUCCUCCAUCACUCCUUCCAUCUCCACCCGUCCCAGUCUGUCAGCACUCGUGUCCAGUCAGCUGACUAUUUCUCCAUCCUCCACACCCUCCGUGUUUCCCCACUCCUCCUCCUCUUAUACUCCUUCCACCUCCACCAGUCCAGUGUUCACCAGCUCCAUCACUCAAACUGGCACCUCCCCCAACACACCUGUUACCAUCAGUAUCCUCCCUUUACCAUCAACACAUUUAACCAAUCAGUUGUCUGCGUUUCCCUCCUCCCCCUUAUCCACCACUCUUUCCACCUCCACCUGUCCAGCAGCAACAACCGGGUCUGUUUUGCAGACUCUCGACACCCGUGUCACUAACCUGGUUGUUCCAGAUAGUUCCACAUGCCGCCCUUCGGCGUGGCUCCAGCCCUACGAUCAGUCUAAUCUUCAUCUUUCCUCCUCCGCCUGUCCCUCGUCUAUUUCUCCUCCAACCGUCUCUUCCACCUGCCCACCUGCUCAGAUUUCUAACUCGCUGAGCGCCUCUCCGAAUCAGUUCAAACCUCUCGUUACACAUUCGAGUAUGGUGUUGGCUUGUUCUCCAGCCACCUCCACAUUAAACUCCGCCCGUCCCGUGUCCUCCUGGUGCCUCCUCCCCCAAACACCAAACUCCAGUAAUCCUAACCUGCUUGUUCCAGUCAACUCUGAUGCCACCACCACCUCCUCGACAACCAUGAACUCCUCCUCCACCAGCCCACCCACCUCCACCUUUGCUGUUCUGACCAGUAACGCUGCCUCGCCUGUUCCCGUCAGCAUUCCUUCAUCUCUUUGGAAUUCCUUGACCACGUCGUCCUCUAUAGCUUUCAUAUACUCCUCCUCUGCCACUCUGCUCAGCACCACCUGUUCCACAGCGACGUGCAGCUCGCUGCUCCACACGUCUCACUCGCUUUUUCCAGUCAGCAGUCUCAGUACGUCACAGAUCUUCACUACCUCUGUCACUCCAACCUUCUCGUCCUUCAUCAGUUCUCCUGCCAGCAGCUGUUCAUCUCCCAGCUAUUUGUUCCUCCCCCAAACUGAUGCCUCCCGUCCCUCAGUUGUUCUCAGCAUGCUGCCUGCCGGCUCCACGUUCCCCUGCCGGCGGGUCAGUUUCUAUCCGCCCUUAAACCCGUCCAACCAUCGCAAGUUCUGAAUCAAACCGCCGGUCCUCACCGGAAC